GUGGACAAACUAGAAGUAGUGAACAAACGCUUUGUUAGAGUCGUCUUUAUUCCAGGGAAAUCUCCUGUUGAUGGGCAAUUUCUUUGGUUUAAUAUUGGGAGUGUGGAUACAUUUGAGCGGAACUUGGAAACUGCCCAACAGGAGAUGGGCAUAGAAGGAGAGAAGAAAUUGCCAGUAGUAUAUACAGCAGAAAGUGAUGGUUCAUUUCUGCUGAAUAUGUUGCCAACAGUCCUUAUAAUUGGCUUUUUGCUAUAUUCAAUAAGAAGAGGAGCAGCUGGAUUAGGCCGAGGAGGCCGGGGAAUGGGUGGACUCUUCAGUGUUGGUGAAACAACUGCUAAAGUCCUAAAAGAUGAAAUAGAUGUGAAGUUCAAAGAUGUAGCUGGCUGUGAGGAGGCUAAAUUAGAGAUAAUGGAAUUUGUUAACUUUCUGAAAAACCCAAAGCAGUAUCAAGAUCUUGGAGCAAAGAUCCCAAAGGGUGCUAUUCUGACUGGGCCCCCAGGCACUGGAAAAACGCUUCUAGCAAAAGCAACAGCUGGGGAAGCCAACGUUCCUUUUAUUACAGUCAAUGGUUCUGAAUUCUUAGAGAUGUUUGUUGGCGUGGGCCCUGCUAGAGUUCGCGAUUUAUUUGUUCUGGCUCGUAAAAAUGCACCUUGCAUUCUCUUCAUUGAUGAAAUAGAUGCAGUGGGAAGAAAGAGAGGAAGGAGUAACUUUGGAGGGCAAAGUGAACAGGAAAAUACACUCAAUCAACUCCUAGUAGAAAUGGAUGGUUUUAACACCACAACAAACGUUGUCGUCUUGGCAGGCACCAAUAGACCAGAUAUCCUGGAUCCUGCCCUUUUGAGGCCAGGUCGUUUCGAUAGACAGAUCUUCAUUGGGCCACCAGAUAUAAAAGGAAGAGCAUCUAUUUUCAAAGUUCACCUGAGGCCUCUUAAGUUGGAUACUACCUUGAAUAAAGAUAAUUUAGCACGGAAACUUGCAUCGUUAACCCCUGGAUUUUCAGGUGCGGAUAUAGCUAAUGUAUGCAAUGAAGCUGCCUUAAUUGCUGCAAGACAUCUUGCAGAUGCCAUAAAUCAAAAGCAUUUUGAGCAAGCUAUUGAAAGAGUGAUAGGAGGCCUGGAAAAGAAAACACAAGUAUUGCAACCAGAAGAAAAAAAAACAGUUGCAUAUCAUGAAGCUGGCCAUGCAGUUGCUGGAUGGUUUCUGGAACACGCUGAUCCACUUCUGAAGGUAUCUAUUAUUCCUCGUGGGAAAGGACUGGGCUAUGCUCAGUAUUUGCCGAAAGAACAGUAUCUGUACACCAAAGAACAGCUUCUGGACAGAAUGUGUAUGACUUUGGGAGGACGUGUGUCAGAACAAAUCUUCUUUGGAAGAAUUACAACAGGGGCCCAAGAUGACUUAAAGAAAGUUACUCAGAGUGCAUAUGCUCAG